AUGGCUGAUGCAAGAAACGCUAAUGAUGACGACGAUACCGCUCGUCAAGAAGCAAUGUACAAUAAAGUCACGGAAGUGGCAGAAGGGGUUAUGCAAGCUAAUCUUCCACGAUUAGCUCAAGAAGUAGAAAGCCGGGUGUUGGGAGUUGUGGAUGCCAUGAUAACUAGUAAGAUUGAAGAACUGAAAGAAUGGAUAGAGGGAUCUAAAAACAAAAGCAAAGAACGACGGUGCACGUAUAAAGACUUUAUGGCGUGCAAUCCCGCGACGUACGAUGGUAAAAUCGACCCGAUCGCAUGCCAAAGAUGGGUGUCAAAUAUAGAAGCAGUAUUUAUCCGAAGUCGUUGUGAUAACGAAGAUAAGGUGAUGUUCGCUACUGGCCAACUCACUCUUCAAGCGAAGGAUUGGUGGGACGCACACAGUAAAGAAAUAGGGGAGGAUAGACUCCAAGUGAUGACUUGGCAAGAAUUUAAGGAACCCUUUAUGAGAUACCAUUGCCCUCAGUCGGCUAUUGAUAAGAUUCAGGAAGAUUUCUUGCGCCUCCGACAGAAAAACGAGUCGAUAAAUGAAAUAUCAAAUACUUUCAUGGAUAAAAUGAAGUUCUGUGGGGAUUUUGUGAAGACUGAAAGGAUGAAGAUCAAUCGUUUCUACGGGGUGUUAAAGGCGGAAUUUAGGGAGUUCAUUACUCCUUCGAAAUGUGAUACCCUUGAUGAGCUCAUCAAUCUGGCAAGGGAUAGAGAAAUCGAGAUUAAGAGGCAAGAAGAACGUGGGGAAAAGAGAUCAAGCGAGAAAGGUGCAAGUUCGAGUCCAUCCAAAAAGGGAAAGUAUCUAGAGCAAGGAAGGAAAGAUAAGUCGAAGGGUGGUAUCACUCCUUGUAAGACUUGUGGAAAGCUUCACACUGGGGAAUGUCUGUUAGGCAAGAAGGGGUGCUACAAAUGUGGUAAGGAGGGACAUUCGUCCUAUCAAUGCCCAAAUAACGUGAAGACUUGUUUCAACUGUUUCGAAAAGGGGCAUGUUAAAUCGGAGUGUCCAAAACUCCAACAAGGAUCAAAGAAGGAAGGAAAGAACGAAGAAAGCUCUAAAGCGAAAGGGAGGAUGUUCCAAAUCACCUCCGAAGAAGCUAAGUCUCACCCGAAUGUGGUUUCAGGUAUCUUUCUAUUAAACUCCAUACCAGUUUAUGUUUUGUUUGAUACCGGAGCCACUAUGUCGUUUAUUUCAAAUGAAAUCAUACAACAUCCUUCAUUUAAGAUCGAAAGAAUGCCGAUGCCUCUAGAAGUAGAAAUAGCCGAUAGUAAGAUUUAUAUGUUACACGAGAUUUGUAAAAAUUGCAAAUUUACCAUAGAAGAUGAAGAAUUUGAUAUCGACCUUAUACCUAUGGUUUUGGGGGAAUUCAAAAUGAUAGUGGGUAUGGAUUGGAUGACCCGACACCAAGCGGGAAUUAAUUGUGAAACCAAAACAGUACAUGUCCAAUCUCCAAGUGGAAAACGAAUAACUAUACAAGGAGAGAGAAGGAUAGAAGCGAAACUUUGUACCCUCGUUCAAGCCGCUAAGUAUACACUUAACGGGGGUAGGGCAUACCUAGCUUACGUGGUAGAUGCUCAACGAGAUUUCCCGAAGCUUGAAGACGUAGAGAUUGUGAAUGAAUUUCCGAAUGUAUUUCCGGAUGAAUUGCCGGGACUUCCCCCCGAAAGAGAAAUAUAG